AUGGAUAUUGAAAAUGCUACCCAACGAAAUAAUGAAGCCGAGCUGUUGAUCAUAUUGAAAGAGGUUGUUGAUAAGAUAUUGUAUAGACGAUUGGAAGUAGAAGUAGUACUAGAUAUUAUAACUGAUAGGGAAAUGUUGGAAUGUGUUUGA